AUGGCUGUCGCAGUCGUCAACAAUAACGAUAUGCUAAUUUCCUCUUCCGCCGCCAGCGCCAGCGCCCGCAGAGUCGAGGUUCGCUCCGUGUGGGCUCAUAACCUCGACGAGGAGUUCGCCCUUAUCCGCUCCGCCGUCCCCUUCCACCCCUUCGUCGCAUUGGACACCGAGUAUCCUGGCGUCGUCGUCGCUUCCAAAAAUCCCUACUGCACCCUCACCCUCCCCCAGCGCUACGAAUUGAUCCGCGCCAACGUCGAGGCUCUCCGCAUCGUCCAGGUCGGUCUCACCCUCUCCGACGCCGCCGGCAACCUCCCAUGUGCCAUCUACAGCGACGGCACUUGUGUGAGUUACGUAUUCGCCCAGAACUUGGCCACCUCCGGCUUGCUUUCCUUUGGCCAUUUUUCUCCCGUCUCCUGGGUUACCUUCCAAGGCGCCUAUGAUUUCGCCUUCCUAGUCAAGAUGCUGACAUGCGACUGCAAAUUACCAAAGACCGUUCGUGAGUUCUUGCACCUCGUUCACUUCUUUUUCGGCAAAAGGGUGUUCGAUGUGAAGCACCUUUGCAAGCAUUGUCCUGGGCUUUACGGAGGAUUGGAGCGGGUGGCCUCUACCGUCCGAGUUGAGCGAGCAGUGGGCUCUCGACAUCAGUCCGGCUCCGAUAGCUUAUUAACAUGGCAGCUGUUCUACCAAAUCGCCUCUCGUGUGAAUCCACAACUCAUCCAUCGUCCAGAACACAUGGGAACACUCUUUGACCUCCAACUGCAAUAG